GCUGGGCCCCGCCCACAUCGUUGAUUGACCGACGAUCAGAUUUCCAGGAUUAGUUAGAAUUAGUAACCGGUGGGCCGGUAGUCCCGGAAUGGAGCUGUAUGACGAGCUUCCCGAACCGCCGCGGGCUCCGGCCGCAGCAGGAUCUCCACCGGCCCCCGGACCUCCAAACGGUAACUCAAGUGGGAAACGAAGAGCGGAAGAGAGUGACCCGGACGGCUGUGAGGGCGCGCACCAGGAAAAGAAAGUUUGUAAAGGAAUCGUGUCAUUAAAAGCUCAUGUGGCAGAAAGGAGAGGAGAAAGGGAAGAGUUACAGGAUGCCCAUGCCGUGUGCGAUCUAAGCAAAGAGUGCCAGCCUUUGCUCUCCAACGUAUCACGUCUUUCAUACUAUGCAGUAUUUGAUGGGCAUGGCGGGAGUCGCGCAGCACGAUAUGCAGCACACAAUCUACACCGGAAUCUAGUGAAAAAGUUGCCAAAGGGAGAUGGAGGCAGUGUGGACAAGGCCAUAAAGAAGACUCUGCUCGAUGCUUUCAAACAGACUGAUGAAGAGUUCCUGAAGCAGGCGGCCAGCCAGAAGCCAGCAUGGAAAGACGGCACAACAGCCAUUUGUGUACUGGUUGCAGAUAACGUUCUCUAUAUUGCCAAUCUCGGGGACAGCAGAGCUUUGCUCUGCAGAAUAAAUGAAGAAACGCAGAAAGCCACCGUUUUGGGUUUGAGUAAAGAACACAAUCCCACCCAGUAUGAGGAGAGGAUGCGAAUCCAGAGAGCAGGAGGAAAUGUGAGAGAUGGGCGAGUCCUUGGGGUGUUGGAGGUGUCCCGUUCCCUAGGCGAUGGUCAGUACAAACGUUGCGGUGUCAUUAGCACCCCAGAGGUGAAAAGGUGCCCACUAUCUGACAGUGACCGGUUUGUUUUACUAGCCUGCGAUGGCCUUUUCAAAGUCUUCUCGGCAGAAGAAGCUGUCAAUUUUGUCCUUAGCCAUGUACAGGAUGAAGGCUCUCAAAAAGAAGACAUUGACGCUCGGUAUGAAUCUGCCUGUCACCGCCUUGCAAACGAAGCUGUGCGGCGAGGUGCUGCCGACAACGUCACCGUGCUUGUAGUCCAGAUCCUGCACUGAUGUUGUGGUCGGGGAGGGUGGGGCAAGGCCAAAACGUUGAUUAAGGACAAUUCAGGAGCAUCUUUUCUUAGAGCCCUGCAUUGUGCCAUUCUUCUAUUAUACACCCUGAAAAUGUAUAAAAAAAAAAAUUCAACUGGGUGUUACCAUUUUGCUUGUCAGUGGGGUGUAUCCCUGCCCAGUCUGGCACUGAUUGGGCAAUGUCAGACACCACCCCAACUGGUAAUAUCUGGUUGUAGGUUUAUUCAUACCUUUCUUGGGGGAAUAACAGAGGAAUGGCACAACGCAGAGUUGUAGCAAAAGAUGCGUCAACAUUGUUAUAUUAUAGGGAAUACAGUAGUUUACUAAAGCGGACGUGAAAGGAGUGGUGACAGGUCUGCUUUAAGGCCAGGUCCACAUGUGAUGGGAGCCACAUCACUACCACGUCUAGAAACCAUGGCGAAAAGUGCACGUCUAUACACGACAGGAUUGCAUUUUUUAGCCCAACUCCUAUUGACUUCAGUAGAGAAAAUAUACAGUUCUUUACCACUAUGGACAUAUGGGAAUUCUAAAAAGCAUUUUUUUUUCUCCUCCUCGGGCAAAUAUGGAGUGGAAAACCAACCGAACGUGUGGACCCUGAUGCUGUAACAGCCACGUGACCCAUCAUGGAUUGUACAUAACCCUGUAAAGUUCUUGUCAAAGACUUUUUUUCACAUCAUGCCAUUACGAACGCUUUCACUGAAAUAUUACUUAUCUCUGGAUUUAUGUUAAGGCAGUGACGUGCUAUUUUAGUUUGGGAGUCUGUGACGUAUGCAUAAAACAGACGGAGGGACUUGUUAAAGAGGUUGUCUCACUUCAGCAAAUGGCAUUGAUCAUCAUCAAGGCACUUACUAAUGUAUUGUGAUUGUCCAUAUUGCUUUUAUCCUUUGCUGGCUGGAUUUGUUUUUCCAUCACAUUAUACGCUGC